GAAAAAGAACCAUAGUUAAGGGGGCUUUCCAGAAGUUAUGUAAAUGUUCCCUGAAAAGUGCAAUUUCUCCCAUUUCUCUCUCGAUACUGCAGCUACGCUCACGACAAUACGUUAAUUUCAAAACAGAAAAACGAUAUAAUCUCUCUGGUAGUGAACGACGAAAAGCAGGCCAUUAGAAUCUUGAUUAAGCUAGGUAGGAAGCGCAUUCAUCAUCUCUGAUUCAAACUACAGCAGCUUUGUGAACUACAAUGUCGAUGGGAGAUGAACCUCUGUACCCAAUAGCAGUAUUAAUAGAUGAACUGAAGAACGAUGACAUCCAACUGCGAUUAAAUUCCAUUAGAAGACUAUCAACAAUUGCACGUGCUCUAGGGGAAGAACGCACACGAAAGGAACUAAUCCCUUUCUUGAGUGAAAACAAUGAUGAUGAUGAUGAAGUUCUUCUUGCAAUGGCAGAAGAGUUAGGUGUCUUCAUUCCCUAUGUAGGAGGAGUUGAUCAUGCCAAUGUCUUACUCCCCCCUCUCGAAACCCUCUGCACUGUUGAAGAAACCUGUGUGAGGGAGAAAGCUGUUGAGUCACUUUGCAGAAUUGGAUCACAGAUGAAAGACACCAAUCUGGUUGAGUUCUUUGUACCUCUGGUUAAGAGGUUGGCAGCUGGUGAAUGGUUUACUGCACGUGUUUCUGCUUGUGGACUAUUUCACAUUGCUUACCCUAGUGCCCCUGAGGCAUUGAAGGCUGAAUUAAGGUCUGUAUAUAGUCAGUUGUGUCAAGAUGAUAUGCCUAUGGUUAGAAGAUCUGCUGCUACAAAUUUGGGGAAAUUUGCUGCUACUAUGGAACCUUCUCAUCUCAAGUCUGAAAUCAUGCAAAUAUUUGAGGAUCUUACUCAAGAUGAUCAAGAUUCUGUACGAUUGCUAGCUGUUGAGGGUUGUGCUGCUCUUGGGAAAUUGCUAGAGCCACAGGACUGUGUUGCACAUAUUCUUCCUGUCAUUGUCAAUUUUUCUCAGGACAAGUCAUGGCGUGUGAGGUAUAUGGUAGCUAACCAAUUAUACGAACUAUGUGAAGCUGUGGGACCCGAACCCACCAAGUCUGAAUUGGUUCCAGCUUAUGUAAGACUACUUCGAGACAACGAAGCUGAAGUACGAAUCGCAGCUGCUGGAAAAGUCACCAAAUUCUCUCGAAUCCUAAACGCAGAACUUGCGAUCCAACAUAUUCUUCCAUGCGUCAAGGAAUUAUCCUCCGAUUCUUCUCAACAUGUUAGAUCCGCUCUCGCCUCAGUUAUCAUGGGCAUGGCCCCUGUUUUAGGAAAAGAAGCGACAAUCGAACAACUUCUUCCUAUAUUUCUUUCGCUUCUAAAAGACGAGUUCCCAGAUGUGCGUCUCAACAUCAUAAGUAAGCUGGAUCAAGUCAAUCAGGUUAUUGGAAUCGAUCUUUUGUCUCAAUCAUUACUUCCAGCAAUUGUCGAGCUAGCAGAAGACAGACAUUGGAGGGUCCGAUUGGCAAUAAUAGAAUAUAUCCCUCUUUUGGGUAGUCAAUUAGGUGUAGGGUUUUUUGAUGAUAAGCUUGGUGCUCUCUGCAUGAAAUGGUUGCAGGACAAGGUUUACUCCAUUAGAGAUGCUGCUGCUAACAACUUAAAACGCCUCGCAGAGGAAUUUGGUCCCGAAUGGGCAAUGCAACACAUUGUUCCACAGGUGUUGGAAAUGGUUAACAACCCGCAUUAUUUGUAUCGCAUGACUGUUAUUCGUGCAAUUUCCCUUCUUGCCCCUGUCAUGGGCUCAGAAAUCACUUGUUCUAAAUUGCUUCCUGUUGUUGUAACUGCCUCCAAAGACAGAGUGCCGAAUAUCAAAUUCAAUGUAGCAAAGGUGUUGCAAUCGCUAAUUCCCAUUGUUGACCAUUCUGUUGUGGAGAGUACGAUUAAGCCGUGUUUGGUGGAUUUGUCUGAGGAUCCGGAUGUUGAUGUUCGUUAUUUUGCAAAUCAAGCAAUUCAGGCAUUGAAUCAUGACAUGAUGUCAAGCUAAAGAAAACAAAGCUCAUACUCACACUUGAAUUUCAUGAAUGGAAUUCUUAGGGUUACAAUAAUCGUAUCGUAUGUUGAUGUUCAUUAUUUGUUUUGAUUCGUUUGUGUGGUAUCUCAUUGAUUAAUCAACUAUAUUUUGAAACCCAUGUUUGGUUAUAAAAAGAUUAAUUGUUUUAAUGCUUCUUAUUGUUUAUAAAUACUUUUAGCAAUGUUAAAAUACUUGUAUUAAAUUGGAAAAUUGAUAAACUGUUAAUACUAAAUUAGAUAGUUG